AUGGCACCCCUUUUCAAACUUGCCACCCUCCUCGGCUUCUCUUUGAGUGUUGCUGCCCAAGGCACACAAUUCAUCACGGGCACCUGUGUCUCAGACGCCGAGUGUGCAUCAGGCUGCUGUGAUUUUGUAACUGGAAAGUGCGCGGCUCCAUUUGUUGCGAAUGAAAAUGGGCAUGGCUGUGGCUUUGGGGAUGCACAGCCGAAUAACAAUGCGUUGAAUGGUGGUGCUGCUGGGAAUAGAAAUGCUGGCUCUGGUUCCAACUCUGGCUCUGGCUCUGGCUCUGGCGCUUCUAAUUCAGGUUCUAAUUCAGGCUCUUCGAACUCUGGCUCUGGUUCUAAUUCUGGCUCUGGCUCUUCCAACUCUGGCUCUUCCAAUUCUGGCUCUGGCUCUGGCUCUUCCAACUCAGGAUCCAACACCGGUUCCGGUGCCUCAGGGGGCUCUGGAGCCACAACAGGUACCGGGACUCAAUUCAUCACCGGGCCCUGCACAUCCGAUGCAGACUGUGCAUCUGGAUGUUGCGGGUUCAACUCUGGAAAGUGUGCAGGACCAGUGAUUGCGCAGGAGCGCGAUGGCGGAUGUGGCUUUGGCGACGCGCAACCUAAUGAUGACGCUGCUCAGGCACUGCAAAGACGAGCACUUGGUCGCAGGGGCCCUGCGUUUAUGUAA